AUGGAUAAUCCUGGGAAACCUUUGACACUAUCGCAUCUUCUACGACUAUUCGACGUUGCAGCAUGUACUGGAAAAGAAAUGGAUUCAUUAGUCGAAAUAUUAAAAAUUUCUAUCAACUUCAAAGAGGAUGACGCUCGAGACAUGAACGAAUAUCUUGUUGAUCCAAAUUAUUUCGGUCCAAUGUGGCAACUCUAUUUCAAUCCAUUAAUCAUACAGAAUGCUAGUGGUGAUGAUGGAGAAGCUGUCAGAGAAGUUUUAGGUCAUAUGAAGUUUGUCGGAGAUCAAUCAAUGAAAAUUGUUUGGAGUGAUGGACGAGAAGAUACUUUCGAUGAUGGACAUGUUGCACCACGCUCACGUAUCGACGAAAUCGUUCAUCAAGGACUGAAAGUAUGUGGAGAGAAAGAAAAACUCAUGACUAUUCUUGGUCAAAUGCAAUUGAGAAAUCUGAAAGCGAACUUUGUUUUUACUCCUUGGCUGCGUCUCUUCUCGUUUCUCAAAGAAAUUAAAGUACUUGAUGAAACUUCAGAGAUAGCCAAAAAUUAUAUUACACAUCUACUAUUAAUUUUGGAAUUAUUGGCUAAUUACAAACUCACACAAAAGUAUAUUUUUCAAUCAGAUGUUGUUCAUAUUGUCCUGCAGGAUUGGCUGCAAUCAACAACCGAACAAGUUCUAAAAUUUCGUAUGAUCGAAAUGCUUCUUAAAAUUGGUUAUUCUACUGAUAACAACUGUGAAAAAGAUAUUGCACAAUUCUUUGUCCAAUGUUACGAUAGAAUACUGUUGUUGACGAAUUUCAACAGAGUUAGCCCAUUUGGCAGUGUUAUCUUAUUUAUCAAUCAAAUAAUGGACGAAUCACUGACAAAAUUGCUAUCUGAACGAUUAAUUGAACCACUGUUCAAUUUGAUUGAAGCAACACAAGAUACAGAAGAAUUAACUAGCUACUCAUGGCAUAUUCUCUCUCUGAGUAAAGAAAUUACCAAAGAUCAAUCACGGAACAUCUUAAAACAUCUUCUGCUACCUUACUCGCCAAACAUCAUCGGAUUGUUAGGGAACAGAAAACAAAUGCAACGAACAUCAGUCAUUCUGCUUCGAGAACUUCUCGAUUUAUCAACCAAAGAAAAAUUAAUAUUUGAUGAACUAAUCCAAAAUACGGCAGACGACGAUAACCUUGUUGAUAAAUUAAACAGCGAUAUUCAACAAGAUAAACCGUCCUUUUUUGGUAACGAACAGACCAAGAAGACCGAUAUAACUUUGGUGAGACACAGUGAUUUUCACAUUCGUGAUACAUUGCUGAAUAAGCUGAAGAAUGCUGAAUCGAGUAAAAUUGAUCAGAUCCUUCGUUUGCAUAUUUUUCCAAAUCCUGAUUCUUCGAAUGGCGACAAAGAAAAGCAAUACGAUACAGAUCGAUUGGUUCUAACCAAUACUGCUCUGGAAAAUGUAUCGAAAAUUCUUGAGGUACUCGAUGAUCCGAUUUCAAUUCUUCUAGAAGGUAGCACUGGUGUUGGUAAAAGUGCUAGUAUCAUUGAAGCAGCUAAACAAUCACAACGAACACUUCUUCGUAUGAAUAUGUCAUCAAGAAUAACGAUCGAUGAUCUUCUUGGCAAAGUAAUAUUAGUUGCUAAUGAAUCAAAACCAUUUGAAUUUGUUGAAGGACCAUUCACGACAGCAUUUUCUGGAGGACAUUGGAUUCUUCUCGAUGAACUCAACUUAGCUCAAGAUACUGUUUUACAAGCCAUCGAAUCAGCAUUAGAUACACAUUGUUUAAUGAUCCGAAAUCCAACAUCGGCUGAACAUCCCAUCAUCACACAUUCGAUGCAUGAAAAUUUUCGUUUGUUUGCCACACAAAAUCCAAACACGGGCUUCUUCAAAGGCAAACGAGAAAAAUUAUCACCAUCAUUUUUGAGUCGUUUUCGACCGAUCGUUUUCAAAGAAUUACCAGAUGAAGAAUGGUGUCAAAUAGUUACAAAUCGAUUAGUCAAACAUCUUCCAGACGAUGCUAAGCAUGUUGCCGAUUUGAUGGUCAAACAGUUUCAUGUCAAGAUUCGUAAAAAAAUAGCUAACAUUGAUGAUAAAUCCAAGAUAGAAAUUGGUGCUCAUGCUGAGAUAACGAUUAGAGAAUUACUCAAAUGGGUUGAUUUAUUAAUUUGGCAAACGAUAAAUGGAUCGUGGCCAUCCGAUGCAGAUGAACGAUUCAAAUUGCUCAGCCUUAGUGCUUGGUGUGUCUAUGGUGCUCGCUUUCGUGAUUUGGGUCGUAGCUUAGUAUAUAACAUAUUGACUGACGAUGGUCAUGGUGGAUGGGGAUCUCCAUCACUCGAAGCAAUCAAAUUCGUUAUCGAUCAAAAAAAUAGACAACUUCGAUUCGACAAUGUUUCCUGUGCCAUAAAGAUGAACUAUGAAGUCUUUAAUCCACAAACAGAAUGGAUACGUUUGUUCAAAACAGCAGAUCUUAAGGCAAUACCAUUUGAUGUUCAUGUUUGGGAAUCAACUCAUAAAGUUCAUGUAGCAAUUCAUCAAACUAUUCUUCAUCAUGAUUUCAUUAGUGCUCAUGGAAUCCAUCGUAUUAAUCUAAAUUGGCUUUAUGAUUGGUUAAUAUCUGCAACACGUGGUAAUUAUCUAAAUGAUGAAAGUAAAUUUCUUCAACUUGGUUGUCAGUUGUACACAAAUCGAUUUCGACAUAAAGAAGCUCAAAAGAAAAUCGUCGAGUGCUUCAAGAAUACAUUUUCAACUUAUAAAUUCGAUAUCGUUCAUCAAGAUCAAACUACAGCUCAUAUUGAGGUUCCUUACGUGUUGACGAGUCGAAAUUUAACUACACUAAAGCAAGUAUGUUUCAAUAGACACAUCAAACAACCUAUUCUGGUCACCGGUGCCGAAGGUUGUGGAAAAUCGGAAUUACUGUUGACAUUGGCCUGGCUUAUUGGUGAAUCUAUCGAACAGUUAAACAUAACGCCCGAAACCGAACCAUCUGCUCUCAUUGGUCAAAUGAUUCCAAAUACUCAUGAAUAUUCGGAUGAUCCGAAGAAUUCGAACCGUGGUAAAAAAUUGAUUUGGGAGAAUGGUUGUGUUACAAAAGCUUUUCUUAAUGGACAUUGGGUUCUUUUGGAUAAUCUCAAUGUUGCUGAAUCAUCUGUUCUCGAACGAAUGAAUCCAAUAUUAGAACAAAAACCGAUGUUGAUUCUAAGUGAAAAUAACGAUCUUCAAGAACAAAUUAUGCAUAAAAAAUAUCAACUUGUCGCCACAAUGACACCACCUGAUGCUCGAUGUCAAUCGUACGGGACGACAACAAACAACGAUCUGUCACCAGCAUUGUACAAUCGUUUUGCAAUCGUUCAUAUGCCUGAUAUCGUACUUGAUUCUUCCAUUAGUACAUCAUCUGAGAUCAUGGAUAUUGCUAAGGCACUUCUUUCGGACGAAACAACAACUGAUCACUCGUUGGCUGUAGAUUUGUGUCGUGAAAUUCUACGGUUCUAUGAGAAGAAUCGUAAAAGUUUUCCAAGUUUAACUUUACGAAACUUCGUGCGAUUAUUGGAUAGUGUCUAUCAUCUUCAGUUGAAAUUUUACUCUGAGAUUGAUUUUAUAUCAAGUCUCUGGACAGCUUAUCAUGUAACGAUUGCCAAUCAAAUAAAAGAUGAAAAUGUUAAAAGUGAAAUUACUAAAAGUGUUCAACAAUUGUUAACUAGUCGAAGUAAACAAAACAAUCUCAAGAUACCAAUUUUCCUCAAGAAUACUACUAAAAACAACAGUUACAUAUUAACACCAAGUCGUGAAAAUUAUGCUAACGCUGUUCUGGGUGCUGUAGCAUGUAAUCUACCCAUUCUACUUGAAGGUCCAGCUGCUGUCGGGAAAACAGCUUUAAUAUCUGAUUUAUUCAAGACAUUCAAGUCAGAAACAAACAAUGUGAGUGCUUCAGUAAAAAUUGAUCUUGAACGUGUGAAUAAUUCGGAUACAACUACUGUUCAAGACUAUCUAGGUACUUAUCUACCGACAAAUGGAAUGUUUGUAUUUCAAAAGGGUGCUCUGUACAGAGCGAUGGAAAAUGGUUGGUGGUUUCUUGCGGAUGAGUUUAAUCUUGCUGAUCCAUCGGUCAUGAGUAUGUUAUUUCCAUUACUUGAAGGUAAAAAUACUAUCAUGAUUCCAUCAACUGGUAAAAUCAUAACGGCGAAAGCUGGCUUUCAAUUUUUCGCUACACAAAAUGAUGCUUCGUAUGCGAAUCGUCAUCCAUUGCCAGUUUCGUUGCGUAAUCGUUUUCUAGAAGUACAGUUCGACGAAUUUCCGGAAAACGAACUUGCAGAAAUUAUUGAUCGUCGUCGCGAAAAUGGUAAACAACGACCUAUCUGUAUGACUCAAGAUUGUAGUGUAAAAUUAUCGCAGUUUUAUCAUCGAGUUCUCAAGACACCUUUGAGAAUAACAUUUCGUGAACUGAUCAAGUGGAUUCAUCGACAUGCUGUUUUCUCGCCGAAAGUUCAAUCAUGGCCUGCUAUCGGUGUGUCGUUGUUAGGUGGAAAAUAUCCUCUCGAUUCGGAAAUCCGGAAAGAGUUGAUUACACAGUUGUCUGAAAUUUGGCCGAGUAUUUCAUUAUCCCCAAGUCAGCUCAUCAACAUCAGUCAAGUAGACGACAAUGCUCGAUUCUCUGAAGGAGAAUUAAAUAUAAAUAUCAAACAAAUGACAAUAGAAGAUACUCUUGUUGCCAUAUCACCCGACUGUUUUCAAAGAGCAUUGAUUCGUCUUGCUUUUGCUGCUCAAAGCAACGAACCUGUAUUGCUUGUUGGACCGACAUCAUGUAAAACACUUCUCGUUGAAAUGUGGGCACAACUAUCGAAUAGAUCUACUGAUUUACUCAAAGUACAUUUAACACCUGAUAUAGAAGCUAGUGAUUUAAUCGGUCAGAUUCAACCCUAUUCACCACUUGAUUUACUGAAAAGAUUGCCGUCAAUGAUAGAACUUAUUUGUCAUCGAUUGAAUGCACUAUGUCGACAAGCAGCAAAUGAUGCAUUUCUAAACGAUACAGAUCAUGAAUUUUUUAUCGAAUCGCAACGGAAAUUGAUUAAAAAGCUUAACGAACUAAUAAAUCAAUAUGAACAAAUGCAUUCUGAAGAACAAGAAAACAAUGAUAAGAAGAAUGAAGCAGAUAACAAUCAGGAAGCUCCAUUUUUACCAGCAUUUCCUCAACAACCUCAAACAACUGUUGACGUAAUCGAAAAUCCGACAGAAGAUUUUAACUUUGAUUAUGAUUCACAAGAUUUUUCGUCGUGGCAAAUCGAAGAGUUUUGUGAUCAAAAUCACACUCAAGAUGGAGAUUCAACUCGAAUAAACGAAAAUUUUACAAUGAAACAUGGUCAAUCAAACGAUAAAAGUAGUAUGAUGGUCGAUGAUGGGUUGAGUAAUUAUGGAGCUAUUUCUUCAUCGACCUAUAUCGACGAUGGCUUAGGUGGUUACGCACCAGUUUCUUCAUCAACCUGUGUUGAUGAUGGUUUGGGUGAGAUUGCUGUUUUAGAGUCAUCUUCAUCUUCUACUUCAAAUUCUCAGAGUCUCACCUCAGUUGACGAUGGCCUAUCAUUUGAUGUCGGGGCUAUUAGUUUAGAACCGGUCUCAGAUUCGUCACAAUCACUUCAACCUACAUUAAUUGAAGGGCAUGAUUAUCCUACUGAACUAGUAAAUACAAUUAACCAAAUCAUUCAAUGUUUCCAAAAUGAGUUUGAUAAUCAAAAGUAUUCAACAAUUUUCAGUAACGACAAAACAUUGCAAGAUUUUCAUAAAAAAUUACAGAAAGCUUGGAAUGAUCUCAAGAGUAAGGGCUCAGAACGUUCAAAGCAAAUUUUCUUAUUCAAUGAUGGACCCGUAACUACUGCUGCUAAACGUGGUGGAAUUCUCUUUCUCGAAGAUAUCGAUCUACCAAGUCAAGCAAUUAUUGAACGUUUGAAUUCAAUGCUCGAACCAAGUCCAACAUUUGCGUUGACCGAAGACAUUACUAGUCAAUCGAAUAAUGGUCAACUCGAAGUUAAUUUACCGAAACAAUUUCAAGUAUUUGCUAGUGUUCAUCAAGAUCAAAUACAUCAAGUCACCAAACUAAGUCCAGCAACUCGAUCACGUUUCACAGAAAUCUAUGUAACACCUUAUACGGAUAAUGAUCUUCGAGGUUUAUUGAAAAAUGAAUUGAAAAAACAUGUAGCUGAUGCUGAACAACUUGAAUCAAUAGUCGAUACAAUGUUUUCCUUGCGCAGAAAAUUACAUGCCCAUCCUGAAUGGAAGGUAAAAAUCGAUGUUCGACUACUUCUCAGAUGGACAGAUUUUAUCAUCAAUCAUCCAAACUCAACACCUCUUGAACAUCGAAUGUUGCUCGGUGCACGAUUCUUCUAUUUUGAUCAAAUACCGAUUUCUCGACAUGGCUCCUUGUUUCAACAGUGGUUGGACACGGAUCCAUCAGCAAAAAAAUACAAAGAAUACGAACACAUAUUUCAUGCGCCGACUGCCUCUCAUGGUGCGAUGAUUUUACGAGAAUUAGAUUCAAAACAAAACGACGAUAAAGAUGAACCGUUUCCAUUCGAGAUUGGAUCAGGUUAUGUUCGUCUACGUUACACUGGAGUUUCAUGUCCAUGUGUGUUCGAAUCCAACGAUGAUUCAGCUAAACAAUUUGAAGAUUUCAAAAGUAAAUUCAGAUCUAUUUCCACUUCAACUCUUCUGAAUCAAAUUGCUCGAAUAUUCGCUGCAAUAUCAUCAAAGACACCUUUACUUCUCGAAGGUCCGCCGGGUAUCGGUAAAACUCACGUUGUUACUCAAGUCUGUUCGUUGCUGAAUAAAAAAUGCGAACGUAUCAAUAUGUCAGCAAACACAUCUCUUGAUCAAUUGAUUGGCUGUGUUAUUCCUCGUAUUAUCAAUGGUGUGCGAACUUUUCAAUGGCAACAAGGUCGAAUUUUAGUAGCUAUUACUGAAAAGAAGUGGAUCUUACUUGAUGAACUCAAUUUAGCGUCACCAGAAGUUCUUCAAGGCCUCACAACUUUAUUUUAUCGUGGUGUUAAACAAUACACUGUACCUAGUACUGGUCAAGUUGUCAAUCUUGAAGACACACUAAUAUUUGCAACCAUGAAUCCAUCGACUGUUGGUGGUGGUCGAAACAAAUUACCGAAUUCUAUUGGAAAUCUUUUUACAAUCGUUCAACUUGAACAAUACUCAACUGCUGAGUUACGAUUGAUCUUGAACGGAGAUUUUCAAGAUAAAUUAGAAGAAAAAAAAAUCGAUAUGAGUCAACUCGAUGCUGCAUUUGGUAUGCAUUGUGCAUUGAAAACACUUGUUCAAGAAGGUAAAAUAGGUCGUACAGGUGGACCCUACGAAUUGAAUUUACGUGAUUUAACGAAGUUUCGUGAUGUAUUUUGUGGUUCAAUCGAUAGUCAACUCUUUCAUUAUCGUUUUAUGAACACAGCUAGUGAUGACGAAGAUAAACAAGAUCAGCUAUCAACCGCCGUCAAUGAUACAUCUGUAGCAAGACCAAAUAUCAAUGUAUCUGAUGCACGUAUUUUAUCGAUUCGUAAAUUCGCUCAAGUUGCAUAUGCAUCUCAAUUUCAAGGAAAAGAUGAUUUCAACAAAGCUUGUAGUAUCAUUCAUGAGUCGUUUCCGAUCAACAGUACAUUGAGUAAACGUGAGAACGAUUGUUCCAUCGAUACAGCAGUACCAUCGAUUGUUCGUAUCGGUUCAAUUUAUAUACCAACAGGUAGAGAACUACCAUCGAAAGAAAAUUUUGGACUUAUUCAUACGAGAAACACUGUUCGUCAGCUUGAAUUAUUGGCAGCUGCCUGUCAAUCAGGACGAACGAUUCUUCUCGAAGGUGAUAUCUGUUCAAGAAAAUCAUCGUUAGUCAUCGAACUAUCUCGUCUUACCCGUCAUCGAUUACUCAUCAUUGCUCUGCAUGAAAACUUCGAAACAUCAGAUCUCAUAGGUUCAUGGUUACCAAAGCGGAAUCUUGUUCAUCAUCAGCCGAUAUUUGAUCGUAUCGAUGAUUUAUUUGAACGAGUUACGAAAAUCAUCUUACUUUUGGCGAUGCCCGUUAUGCUAGAGGACGACAAGAACCAUUUUUAUGAACUGAAGAAUAUUCUCGUUUAUCGUAAAUCGCUCAAAACAUCAAAACGAAUGGAAACAAUAUUCAAAGAUAUUGACAAUAUCAAACAGAUAGUUGUUCUAAUAGAGCAACUUGGUCAGAUCAAGAAUAUUUCUCGUGAAGUUAAAAUACAUUUCGCCUAUUACGUACAGCAGUUGUAUUAUUUUGAGAAGAAGCUAACAGAACUAAAAGAAACAAGUGUCGAUCAGAAGAAUGAAAUAGGCUUUGAAUUCGUUGAAUCGGAAUUCAUCAAAGCUAUUCGUGAAGGUUCAUGGGUUUUGCUGGACAAUAUUAAUAGUGCACCACCAGACGUUCUUGAACGUUUGAAUUCAUUGACAGAAGAAAAACCGAUGCUGUCCCUGUAUGAAAAGUCUGAUGGUAAUGUUUUAUCGAAGGGUGCGGGUAUUCAUGAAGACUUUCGUCUAUUUUCUACGGCCAAUCUUAAUCGAAUCUACUCAAAUCGAUUGUCAUCAGCUUUUCUCAACCGUGUUAUCCGUAUUUGGUUGCCAGUUAUCGAUGAAAUUCACAAGGAUAACAAUUUAGAAAGUGACUUGUACGAACUUCUCUCGAAUCAGUUGAUGACUGUUCCUGGUGGUAAACAGUUCGCUCAACUUCUAGUUACGGUCCACAAUAAAGUUAAACAAGAUGUUGAAAAGGAUCUUCUCAAAUAUCCCACUGAUUUUUCAGUAACAUACCGUUUGCUUGAACAGUGUGUUCGAACCUUGAUUUCACUCGUCGAACGACAAGUUCAUCCAGUUGAUGCUUGCUAUUGGUCGAUACUACGUUGCUACUGUUCAUCAAUUGAGAAUGAGAAUCAAUAUCGUUCUUUUGUUCAAGAACUACAAAGGAUAAUCGAAGAGUUAAAUCUUUAUCUUCCAUCAACUGUUUUUUCGUCACCAUCGGAUCAACUUGAUCAGACUCAGCCAAUAUGGCAACAAGAUUCCCAACGAAUUCGUUCAUGUGUUGUUCAACUAGAAAAAUUUAUGCUUGAAACGAGCUUGACUGUUGUUCACAUGGUCGCCAGAGAUGAAAAACUUUUCAAAUCUACACGUGAACUCCUAUGCCUAUUCAUUGACAAUCUGUUAUUGCCUAUGAAGCCAAAUGAUACGUCAUUGAACUCGUUUAGACGCAACAUUUUGAAUGAUGACCUAAAAUGGUUUGAAUUUCAAACAUUACUUGAACAGUUUACAAAAGAAUAUCGAUUAACGGUUCGUGUUGAGUUAACACAAUCCCAAUCUGUUUCUACUCUGAUCGAUCAGCUGCGUAAUGAUGGAUCGAAGUGGCUCAAGACUACUUGUGAUCAACUAACGUUAAACCUCGAACAAUUCAUCAGUAACACAUCGUUUAAAGAUUACCAGGAUCGUUUUACGUUUCUUCGUCGUGUGAUGACGAUUAUCGAAUUAUUCGAACGAUGCCUCAGCCAACCCGUUUUCGAUAGUUUUCCUCCUCAAACUUCCAUACUACAAUUGAGUGCUGAAUUUAUUAAAAUUCUUCGGCCAAUCUUGAAAUUCAAAGGAAAAUAUAGAACAUUUCAAAUAUUUCAAGAUAAAGCUUUUGUUGAUAUGAAACAACAAUUUCAACAACUUCUUCGUGAAGCUGUCAAAGGCAACGAUGGUUUACUAUGGUCGUUUGAGAGAGUACAAGCAUUUCCUAUUCGAUUAUCACGAAAAGAUAUUCGAAAACUUGUUGAACAUAUCAUUAAUGGUGAUAAACGAGGAUCUAUCAUUGGACCAAUUCAACAUUUCACAAGUCUUCUCGAAUGGAUAGGUUUACAGUGGAUGUUAGAUGAUUAUCUCUCUGACAGUGUUCGCCACGUGCUUCAAGAUAAUGUAGCAAUAACUCAAGAAUUUUUCGAGCAAUGUGAACUUAAGUCAUGCUCAAUAGAACUAAUAAAGAAGUUGAAUGAAACGAUCAAACAAGUAGUUAAUGAAUUACCAAACGAAUUAGAUAAAACUAAUACCCAAUACUUACAAUUUAACCAUGAAUUACAAUCAAAAGAAACUGAUUUGGCAAGAAUUGAAGAAGCUCUAAUGAAAUUCGAAGAGCGUUUGGAAAAAAAUCGACAGAGUCAAGAUUCCAGUUCACCAUCAACAAAUCGUAAAUCUUUAAAGGACAUUGACAGACAAGGAUCUAUCUUCAAUUCAGAUGAAGCGUAUUCUGGAGCUGAACAUGAUGCACUCACAAAGCAAUAUUCCAUUCGUACAGCAGAGUUUUUUAAUUUCAAAGAAAAAUUUGACAGGUGUAAAAGAAAUCGAGAACAAAUCUUGAGCAAAGCAAAAUCUAGUCGACUGAAACUAAACGAAAAUAUGAAAACUAUCAAUCGUAGUGAAGCAUAUCGAUACGUUCAAAUGCGUUUUGAACAACCUGAUUCGAAACAACUGAGCGUUUUUAUACAAAUAUUGAAUGAAGCAAAACAAAAUCCAGCAUUGAAAAAUAGCGAUGGUCUCUUAGAUAUUCGAGCUGUUUUAUCAACAUCGUUUGGUCAAGAAUGGAUCCAACAUGAGAAUUUACUUGAUUCACCUUUAACAUUCUUUUCGUGCGGUUACUAUUUUCUUCCAGACUUCAAUCAUGAUUUUAAAUUACACAUUAUUUCUGAUUGGAAUCAGUUAGGUCAAGAUCUUGACUUACGGUAUUGCCGUAAAAACGAUUUGACCUUUUUCUGCCCAAGUAAAGAAGAAUAUCAAUGUUCAUUAUUGUUUGUUGAAAAUCAACCACGAACGGUGAAACUUCAUCUGUUGACGUUGCAAGGUGACAUAUCGACUGACAAGUUAGAAGAAUCUCUUAAAAAAACACUCCCGGAAAGUAUUCAAUAUCAAAUCGAUCAGAAAGAGUUACCGACUGUUGAUAACAUCAAUACAGAAAGUAUUGCUCAUCGAUUUGCGAUCGCUUCUCUUCUCUACUUACGUCGAUUGAGUGACACAACAAACAUUUGGGUCAGUGAAAUUUAUCAACAAACGAUGAAAGUUUUCAAUCAAUUGAAAGACUUUGUUGAACGAAAUACUCGUGAAAAUCAAGCCUUCACGUCGAUCUUUCAAAAUAUGAAACGUUUUGAUGAUGAGCUCAAUUAUUUGGAUCGUUCCAGUCUAUCAUCGAAUGACCCUUGGGUGAUCGAUAUUGAAGAGAUGUGGAAAUUAAUUAAAAAGUACCAAAAUCUAUUCUCGACUGCACUUGUUCAAAAUUUCGAACAACAAUUAAGAAACAGUAUCCGUUCUGUUGAAUCAUCUAAUAUGAUUAGUCGUAUCAUGUCUUUGGGUUAUUUGGAAACAACCCAAAAGUAUAGUUGUAUACCGAUGAUUUCUUCUUACCUACGAGAAGGUUUAGCCGUGUCAGAUAAAGUUUCCAUAAAGAAUUAUUAUCUUCUAUUCGAUUUCAUCAAAAAGAUUGAUCUCCUCUUAAAACUAAUCACACAACACUUCAUUUAUUUGGGUGAACAGUUUUCUAAAGAUUUGUACAAAUCAACACCUGAUAUGAUUGCUCACUUCGACCAUAUCUUCCAAUCAACAUUAAAAGUCAUCGAUAUUGAAAACAACGAACUGAACGUUGGUUUUCGUCAAUCGAAAACAGCGUUUCAAAAUUGGCAAGAAAAACUUAAUGAUUAUUUGGCUCAAAUGAAAUUUCCAUCAAGUUUUCUCGCAGCAUAUAAUUUAACGAGUGUCGUAAAUGAUUUUGCGCCACUGUUCGACAUAAAUGAUCAGAUUUUGCCAUCAAGCGAAUCGAAUCAUAGUUCACGAAGAAACAGUUUUCCAUCGAUCACUGAUUCGAUUGAAUCGCGCAAACAAACACAUCGAAAUCAAAUCGAAGCAGCGAUUCAAACAUUGACCAAUCAACUAUCUCGAGCGAGUCAAAUGGAUUUACGACCACAAAACCUUAUUGAACAGAUUCAUCUUCUUCUACAAAAGCUACGGACGUUCGAUGUCAACCACGAGACUGAAGAAAGUCUCCAUUUGCUCAUCAAUGAAGAAAAAAGACUCAUUGAUCAACUGGACAAUUUCGAUCGAGAAAUAAAACAAUACACAACAUUUCAAGUUAAUCUUCCGAAUGAUGAUGAAAUUAUCAAACUCAGUCAAGACAAUCUAACGCUAAAACCAGAAGAGAACACGGAUAAACAUGUAGAAACUAACGAUUUAAAAGGUCUAGCAGAUGCAAUCAAUCAAGCCAGCCAAGUCCAUCCGUUACUCGAUCUGAGUCAUAUGAUUCGAUUAACACACGCUCAAGUAUCUGAUCAAACAUGGUUGAAAGCUAUGAAUCUUCUUAGAUCAAUGAAAGACAUCGAUGAACUACGAAAGUUAUUGAUGAUGUUUCGAGAUGAUCUUGCUAUGGAAAUUUCAGAAGAUCAAUCGAAGUUUCAUCGAAUAGUUGUCGCCUACAGCCAAUUCCGACACAAUUUACUUAUUGAAGAAUCUAACCACGACAUGUUGAUGAACUAUGAAAAAGCGGCUUCUCUAUCGAAAUCACUUGAAAAACCGAUGGCUGAAGUUUGUUUGAAUGUAUUCAACAUGUUUGAAACGAUAAAAAGUAUUGGAGAUGAUUUGAAUCGAGUUCGGAAUCAACUGAAAAAUUUUCCUCAUGAUGCAUUUUGUUGUGUUUUACCCAUCGACCUUCGACCUGAUGAUGUUAUAUCACUCUUGGCUCCAGAAUAUUCCGAUCAUGUACAAAUGAUUUGUCAGAAGUUUACUGAAAUAGACGGAUGGCUUAGUGGAAAAUUAAAUCAAAUCGAACCAACAUCUUCAUCAUUGAACAAUUCUUUGUCUAAAACGUAUCAUGGAUUGUCUACAUUCCAGUACAAAUACCCAACAGAUCCAACCAUGAAUCAAUCCUUAUUUCAUCCAGAACAACACAUUCAUUACAUCGUCGAAGAUUCAAUGUCCACGAUUCGAACCCUUCUAGAUACAUGCACGAAAGAAUCAGUUCGAAAUGGCCUUCUGAUGAAGAGUUGUACUAGUGCGAAAGAAUUGUUUCCUUUGCAUCUCAGCUUAGCUUUAAUAUUAUUGAUUAUGAUCGAUCGAACUGGUCAAAUAGUGACUGAAUCUUCUCCAUACGUAGAUAAAUUAAUGAUGAAUAUAUUGAAACGCAUUGAACAAGAAAUAGUUGAAUUAAAAACAAAUAUCGAUGGAUUGAACAAACAAUUGAAAAAACUUAGGAAAGAAGUUGAUAUUCUCAAGAAAGAGAACGAUCUUCUCGAAAAAGAACUAGAAGAUGUGAAACGAAAUCGUCGAUAUUUAGUUUCAAGCAAAGAGUACGAACUUGCUGCCCUUCAAAAGCGUAGGGCGAAGUUGGAAGAAGAUCUUGAACAGAGACAAUCUGAUUUAGAGAGUAAAACGAAUAGUUUAAAAGGCAAAGAAGAAGAAUACCAGCAAAUGCGAGCAUCAGAACAAAGGAGUUGGUGUGAAACAUUUUCUGGUCAUUUAAAAAACGUAACAGAAGAAGUUCA